AUGUCAGAAGAGAGGAUACAAACUCUUCGUGUAGAGUUGAAGACAUGGGAGAAGGAAUUUUCGGUCCAACACGGUGGAAAGCGGCCGAGUCGUGAGGACAUCCGGAACAAUGUCGAGAUUGCUGCAAAGUACAGCGAAUAUGACAAGCUGAAACGACCACGGGUAAAGCAGUCCGAGUCACAAGACGCUCGAGUCCCCAAGACGAUCCAUGCAACACCCAGAAAGAAGGCCGCCCCAGCGGCAACACCACAGAAGCCUGUCUCACAUCUCUCGAUAGCCACGAUAGCAGCGUUACAGGACGAGGAAAUAGAGCUAGAGCCCACACCGGCUGCAGUACGCAUGCAUCUCGGCCCCACACCACAGAAAGAUGGCCACAUCCUGAGUCUCUUCGACGACCUGUCGUCAACUGCUUCCAAGCCUUCGCGCGCUGCCCUUUCAACAAUAGAAGCAAAUGCAAACUUCACACCGAGUAAGCCGUCCCAGCUCCUCUUUGCUGACAACGAAUCGCCACCUGAGAAUGCCAACGACCGCACUCCUGCUUCAAGCAGCAAACGCUUCCUCCUCGAUUCCUUCGUCUCGACUACACCCUUGAAGCGGAAGCGUGAGGACGAGGAGCCGGCUCAUGCUACACCAUCAAGUGCAAAGGGUCUCUCGACGCCCGCCUUCUUACGUAGAUCAUCCAAUAUGCUCAUCAUGGACACCUUGGUCGAAGAAGCCCAGAAUGACCACGAGCUCAAGAGCAUGAACAUUGGCAGGAUGCGUCAACCACCCUUCAAGAAGCGUGGCAUUGUUAGAAGUCUAAGCAGCAUCAUCCAAGGCAUGAGGAAGCAAGAAGACGACAGAUUGGACGAAGAGAUGGAGAUGAUGCGUGAGAUGGAUGAAGAAGAUGAAGAUGUACCGGCUAAGCCCGUUGUCCAAGUCGAGGAUAGCCAGGUCGUUAUGCCUCUUGGUCCUGACCAAGGCAUCGAGAGUGAAGAGUCAGAAGAGGAAGAGAGGGAUACGGGUGUCUUCAGAAAGCCAUGGAAGAAGAAGGGUCUGAAGCGCCAGACGAAGCGUGUUAUCAUGCGACCUGCACCAAAGCCAAAAGCUACAGCUCAACCAGAACAUCCAGAUGCACUAUCCGAGAACGAAGGCAUUGUCGCCGAGACACAGCUUCCCGAAGCUCUAGACGACAUUGACUCGGGCGCAGAUUCGGAUGCAGCAUACAGCGAUACAGAAGCCAAGAGAAAGCGGCAACUUACUAAGACCACCACUGCAGAUACAGAGACAGUGUCCAAGGGUGACGGAAUUAUCAAGAAGGCGGCGAAGAAGAUCAGUGCCACUGCACACGCCAACUUCAGGAAGCUCAAUAUCAAGAACAAAAACUCAAAGGCCAAUGGCAGAGGAAGGUUCGGAAGGAAAUGA